GGCCUAGCGACGAGGCCUUAAGCCUAAAGUUGGGACAUGGGGGCCGGGUCCCCAAAAAGGGAGGGGAGGGUCUGCCCCCAUUAGUAAUUAUUGUUGGAGAAAAGGACGGCUGGGGAUUUUAUCGCCUGUGGAGCGCUGGAAGAAUGCCUUUGGUCAGUGGAUUAGUGCCUUCCCGAUUCCUGACCCUGACAGCCCACCUUGUCAUUGUGAUCACACUCUUCUGGUCCAGGGAAAACAACGUCCGAGCUUCCCUACCUUUGCAGUGCACCCAGCAAGAGUAUGAAAAACAGGAUACCGAGAUGGUGGUGGCCUUAUCCGUGACCCUGGGGCUCUUUGCUGUGGAGCUGGUCGGCUUCCUUUCUGGCGUGUCCAUGUUCAAUAACGUUCAAAGCCUCCUCUCUUUGGCGGCUCACUGCAGCGCCUCCAUCUGUCUCUCCUUUUUUGUCUUUGAGCGCUGGGAGGCCGGCACUUACUGGUACAUCAUGGCCUUCUGCAGUGCCUUACCUGCUGCUAUUGAGGUCCUCCUUUUCAUCUUGGUCUUCGGGCUGAAGAAGAAGCCCUUGUGAGGAAUUGUGGCUCUGAAAGGGGGCAUGCCCCCCAGAAGAAAGGGAAGCACAGAAGCAUUCCAGUUGCAAUCAGAGAGUGUGAGGAGUGUGCCCUGUUGGGCUCAGUUGGAUGACUUCUGACCCACCCCGGCUUUGCUGUAUGUCCCUGGGACCAGUUCUGUAAAUCUGGUGUGUUCUGCUGGCCCCCUCGAGCGGCAGCCUCCUGGUAUUGCAUCCUGUUGCACGCCAACAAGACAUUCCUGUGCAGUGUCUAACUUUUGUAUCUGCAGGGCCAAAAUCUCCCAUUGGGAUGAGUCACCCUGGCAGACCCAUGUAUACUCUUCAUAUAGAACCAACAAAUUGCCUUGCUAUGAAUGUGUAUAUUCUUGGCAGGUUGUGUGUAGAAAACUACACUUUUAAAACUUUAUUAAAACACUACAUUUCUUAUAA